AUGUUCCCUGGUAAUUACAAUAAUCGACCUCCUCCACAACAAGGAGGGGGGUAUAGUUACAACUACAAUUAUAACUAUAACUAUGGACCACCACCAGGAACUCCACCAGGAUACCCACCCUAUAACAACUAUGCUCCACCACCAGGAACUCCACCAGGAUACCCACCCUAUAACAACUAUGCUCCACCACCUGGUCCUCCUCCACCUCAAGGUGGCUAUUAUUCUCGCCCACCUGGUCCACCCCCCUCUGGAGAUUAUUCACGUCCUCCAGGCCCACCACCUUCCGGAGGAUAUUCUAGUCCACCUGGCCCGCCACCUUCUGGUGACUAUGCACGUCCACCUGGCCCGCCACCCACUGCAUCAUAUCAAUCAAACUAUUCCCGUCCUCCAGGUCCACCACCUGGAACACCCCAAAGGACAACCUUGUACGAACCAUCGCAAAAUGAUUAUCAUAAUCUUCCAUCAGGGCCCCAAAGUUUUGGUCAAAAUACCAAUUUUUCUUUCCAAUAUUCCCGUUGUAAUGGACGUAAGAAGGCAUUACUUAUAGGUAUAAACUACUUUGGAACCAAACAAGAAUUAAAAGGAUGUAUUAAUGACGUGAAAAAUAUGAGUCAAUUCUUGGUUUCUCGAUGGGGAUAUAAAUGGGAUGAUAUAGUUAUCUUAACUGAUGAUCAACGAGAAAUGGCCCGAGUCCCAACUAAGGCCAAUAUAAUCCGAGCAAUGCAAUGGUUGGUCAAGGAUGCUAGACCUAAUGAUUCGCUUGUUUUCCAUUAUUCCGGGCAUGGUGGGGUGACUGAAGAUUUAGAUGGUGAUGAAGAGAGUGGAUAUGAUGACGUGAUAUAUCCUUUGGAUUUCGAACAGAAUGGACAUAUUGUGGAUGAUGAUAUGCAUGCUAUUAUGGUGAUGCCCUUGCCCGCUGGUUGUCGUUUGACUGCUUUGUAUGAUUCUUGUCAUUCGGGAACGGCAUUGGAUUUACCAUAUGUUUAUUCUACUAAGGGUUUAAUUAAAGAACCUAAUAUGUUGAAAGAUGCUGGUUCUGGAACUCUUAAUGCGUUUAUGCAAUAUCAAAGAGGUAAUAUUGGAGGAGCAAUUUCUUCAAUCAGUAGUGUUAUCAAAAGAGCUACAAAACUGGGAAGUGUAGAUAGAAAUAGGGUUAUACAAAUGAAAGCAUCUCCUGCUGAUGUCAUUUCAAUUUCAGGAUGUAAAGAUGAUCAAACAUCUGCAGAUUCUAAAGAAGGUGGACAAUCUACCGGUGCAAUGUCAUGGUCUUUUAUUAAAGUGUUAAAUGAUUAUCCUCAUCAAACAUAUUUAUCAUUAUUGAAUAAUAUGAGAACACUUUUAAGUGAGAAAUAUUCUCAAAAACCUCAAUUGAGUUGUUCACAUCCUCAAGAUAUGAACAUUGAGUUUAUUAUGUAG